CGUGAAAUACAAUACGAAAACAAAAUAAGUACAUCAACGAUUUGGCAAAAUUUGCCAAAAUGACUCCAGGAAAUAAAGCUAAUUCAGAUAGUGAUUUGGAAAGUGUAAUUUCUUUUCAAGAUGUUCCGAAGCCACGUCGUAACAGCACUGGUCCCAAAUAUGUAUGCAUCAUAGAGGGAUGCGGCAAAAGUUUCAAGCGUCUGGAUCAUCUCGAUCGGCAUGAGUAUCACCACACAGGAAUUAAAAAACAUUAUUGCAUAUAUGACGGCUGCGAUAAAGUAUAUUCCAUUUUGACGCACUUGAAACGUCAUUUGCGUACUACACAUGAACGAGUGGGGCCACCAGUGAAGAAUGUGCCAUGUCAGAUACCCGGUUGUUUAAAAAUGUUCCAGUCGGAGGCUAAUAUGUAUCGACAUAUUCGGGAAGUUCAUGAAAAUCCUAAAAUCUACCCUUGCUCGUUUUGUUCAGAAAAGUUCACGCAAAAAUUAAAAUUACGCAGGCACGAAAUUCAAACGCACACUGGUGAAUACCCUUAUAUUUGUGAAAAGUGCUCAAGGGGAUUUUAUCAACAAUGGGAACAUGAACGACACGUUCCAAGCUGCAAAGUAUACAUUUGUGCCAAUUGUAACUUGAAGUUUGAUAAAUGGACAAAAUACGUUAAACAUUGUAAAGAGAAACAGCAUGGACGCAAGUAUUAUCAGUGCGAACAAUGUGAACGUGUGUAUGGAAAACCCAGCGAAUUACAAAAACAUAUAGCAGCUAAACAUAUGGACGAGGAGAAGAAAAUGAAUUUUAAAUGCAACAAUUGUGAACGUAGUUACGCCUAUGAACGAAAUUUAAAGCAACAUAUACGUAUCGCACAUGGAGGAAAACGUUUUGAAUGUGCAGAGCCAGGUUGUGAACGUAUUUUUAGUAGUGGACAAAAUUUAGCAAAACAUUUAGAGCGCGAUCACUCUACUUCGACAGAAAAGAAAAGUGAAGUUUCAAAGGCAAAUAAAAAGCCUAAUAUCAAGAGUACACGUAAAAAGCGGAAGGACGCAGGCCGGUCUAUUAUGUCAAAUCUAUCAAAGUUCAGCGGUAUAGCUGUCGAUAAAAAUUUUGACGUAUUGCUUAGGAAACGUGAAGAUAUUGCUUUAGAUAUAGCAGCUGAUGUAUUGGCAAAGGAUCAAAGUGAAAGCGACGAAAGUGAAGAUAAUUUACCACUUUCGCAAUUAACGCAAGUGAAUAAGGAUGAGGGAUUGGAAAACUUAAUGACCGCUGUUUUGGCUGAUGUCUGAUACUAGUAAAAUAUUAUUAGUUUUUUUUUUUUUAAUAAAA